AUUCAACAAACCCACGAGCCUCUUUGAAGUGGCUCACUACGUGCUACUCGACUACCGUGUAGCGAAGUCAUCAAAGAAUAGGCUUUUCAUCAAUCUUUGAUAUUGGGUCUGCGUUUCAACGCCAUUGUCCCUCUCACGAACUGGCGUGAGCGUGUCCGAAGCUCUCUGCCCCCUCGUGUAAGAAAUCGACCGAUCGCCAUUAUGAGUUCAGUACAGUCACAGAAAUCCUCGUUUCAGACGAUGUUCCGGCCAGUGCAUCCUCUGGAAGAAAUACCAAGGGCUAGACGCCGCUCAAUUAUGAUAUCACUCAGAGCACAUCCAAAGGUCGCAGCAUACUGUUUCGCUUUGAGUCUAUCAGCCCUUUUGACUGGUUAUGAUGUAGUUAUCGUCGGCUCGAUAACAGGACUACCCCUUUUCCAAAAGAAUUUUGGUGAAUCCCGUGGGAAUAUUCCCAUAAUACCGUCCCUAUGGCUUGCACUCUGGAGCGCCUUGACUUUUUUUGGUCAGAUGAUUGGCUCGAUCCUGGGUGGAUGGUUGCAAGACAGGAAGGGGCGACGCCCAGCAUUGCUUCUGGGUAGUAGUGUAUCAGCAGUAGCUAUCGCACUAUGCUAUACAUCCGAUAUACCUGUCGAGAUCAACGCUCGACGGGGUUUAUUCCUCGCCGGCAAAAUUGUCAUGGGGGUUGCACUUGGUAUAUUGAUGUCAGCAACCCAAACAAUCAUUUCAGAGUUAGCUCCACCUCCCCUCCGAGGUCCAGUGCUGGCUCUGAUCCCGACGAACACCCUUCUCGGGCAGCUCAUAGGGGCAGGUGUCGUGUUCGCCCUCUCUCACAAUCCGACGCGGUGGUCAUACCUAAUAGCUAUUGCAACUCAGUGGCCAUUGUCCUUGCUAAUCUUCUCGAUCGCCCUUACCACACCAGAGAGCCCGGUCUACCUUAUUACUAACGGCCAGUAUAGCAGAGCCUUGAGAUCAUUAGCGAGACUGCAUACUUCUAGGGUCGACCUGCCGACCAAACUAGAGCAAGUCCGACACUUCGUCAUUCAUGAAGAGAACUUCUCCCAUGCACACGCCUAUUUGGACUGCUUUAGACCCAAGCAUAGACGUCAGACUAUGAUAGUUCUCUUUGCUGGGAUUAUACCACAAUUAUUUGGCCUUACCAUCUUAUCGCAAGCGAGUUACUUCAUGCAAAUAGUGGGCAUGGCACCAACAUUGAGCUUUAUUGUCCUUAUAUGUGGAAUCAGUCUUGGUCUUAUUGCAAACAUCGCUGGGAUCUGGACACUUAGCAAGAUUGGGAGGCGCAAAUUGAUUCUCACAUCUUUGUUGGCGUCAGCAUUACUUUGGUUGGGUAUGGGUAUUGCUGGGUUCUGGUCAGGACAAAUCACCAUUUGGUACACAGCUGGCACUUUGAUGGCAGUGGUAGUUGUUAAUGGUCUCGGCUCGUGGCCGGCUUCGUUUGCCGUAGCGGGCGAGACAUCUUCGCUUCUGCUUCGCGCGAAAACUCAAGGUCUCAACUGGUUUACGAACAGUCUUCUUUCCGGUAUCCUGAGCAUUGCAAUACCUUAUACGUUUAAUCCAGAUGCUGGCAACAUGAGAGCCAAGACGGGGUUUGUCUUUGCAGGUCUUUGUCUUGUUGGUGCAAUGGUAGCUUGGGUAAUUGUUCCGGAGAUGAUGCACCGAGACCAUGCAGAGAUUGAGAAGAUGUUCGAGCUUGGCGUUGGAACUCGAGCUUUCAAAAAUUGGUCUGCGUCAGACGAUACUCAAGAACUCCGAAGUAUGUAGCAUUGGAAAUCAAGUAAAUGAAUUUACUUGAUGGGCUGAAAGAUUAUCGGCGUGUAUUCAUAGUUUAGUUUACAUUGUAUUCAAUCAAUCGCAGAGCUUGCCUGAUCCGGCGCUGGCCAUGAUGUCAUCGCCAACCCUAA